AUGUCAGGAGCCGGAAGCACAACAGCAGCGGGAGUGUCCGCUAGCGCUCCCAUUCCCGAUGAUGCGUCCCACAACAUCAGGCUGGCAGGAUCCUUCGGCAUCCACAGACCCAGCACACUAUCCGCGUCUCCUCGAUCCGAGCUCCGUAUAGCUCUCGCACAAGUCACACCAUCCUCUUCCGACAACGCCGAAGCGGAAGGCUUGGCGAUCGUGCGCGCAUACGCCAAAAGGGCUGCCCAUCAAGGGGCCGAUGUGCUCGUUCUGCCCGAAUAUUUUUUGAGCGGAGCCACGCACGAUCAGUGGAGAGCUGUCGCGGAACGCGGAGAGCCAAAAGGAGGCGUGCAGGAUGCUCAUUUGCGAGAGGACCACUUCUUGUCGGAAAUUGCGAGCAUCGCAAAGGAAUUCGACCUGGAUAUUGUCAGCGGUACGGCCGUCGAAGCUGGACCUCAUGUUUCUCAAAGUCAGGAGCGAACCAAGCAUCAUGCGCCGCACAGGGGUGAGAAGGACGCUACGCAAGCACGCGCGGAAGCGCCAGACCAGAUAGAUGUCUUCAACACCGCUUACUACGUCGGUAGAGAUGGUCAACUCAUUGAUCUCGAAUGCGCACCACAGAACCUUUGGCAUCCUGAGCGUAGCGUUCUGACCUCCGCUACCGCUUCAAGUCAUCCGGCCCCUCGAACGUUCGAUAUCAUCACCAAGGCGGGGCGGUCACUAAAAGUCGGAAUGCUUAUAUGCUGGGACUUGGGCUUUCCAGAAGCGUUCAGGGAGCUGUAUGAGCCAAAUGCAGAUGUUCGGGGAGGACCAAUGGUCGGACCAGAUGUUGUCUUUGUGCCCACUUGCUGGUACGCCACCGAUGCCGGUGCGAAAGGUUUGCGGUGGAACAAGGAUGGAGAGAGCGCUUUGCUAGACUCGCUCGUCCUUGCCCGAGCCAUCGAAAACGAGUGCGUGGUUGCCAUGUGUAAUGUGAGCGGCGCGUCCUGGCCAUCCGGAGAAGAUCUGCGUCGACCUCUGGAUGAUGCAUCCAAGGCUGAUCGAAGCUUUGGAGACGAGCAGGAAGAGCCUAUAGGUGUGGGAAGAUCGCAAGUAUGCGCACCCUUCUUGGGUCGAGUGGCGGUGGUGAACGAUGAAAAGGAAGUUCUUUUGCUCGCAGCUUUGGACCUCAGAGUUCUCGACGACGCUCGCGAUGUGUACAAGAUCAGAGAAGACUUGGGCAAAGCUACGGUGGCACAUUGA